CACGCACAGAGCUCUGCAGUCAGAAUACAAGAGCACAGGCGCCUGCUCCCUCUGCACUCACACAGCUCUGUAUGACUGUCACCAAGAUGUCAUGGCGCCCACAGUAUCGCAGUUCCAAGUUCCGCAACGUAUAUGGGAAGGUGGCAAGCCGGGAGAAUUGUUAUGAUUGUAUCCCUAUUACCAAGAAUGUACAUGAUAACCACUUCUGUGCCGUUAAUUCUAAGUUCCUGGCAAUUGUUACUGAAAGUGCAGGAGGGGGGUCCUUUCUUGUAAUCCCUCUGCAUCAGACUGGACGUAUUGAGCCUAACCAUCCUAAGGUAUGCGGGCACCAAGGCACCGUGCUGGACAUUAAAUGGAACCCAUUCAUUGAGAAUGUAAUCGCAUCCUGCUCUGAGGACACCUCGGUACGAAUAUGGGAAAUUCCUCUAGGUGGACUCAAGAGGAAUAUGGCAGAGGCAGUUCUAGAGUUGUAUGGGCACAGCCGAAGAGUGGGACUGAUAGAGUGGCACCCCACAGCCAAUAACAUAUUGUUCAGUGCUGGCUACGACUAUAAGAUCCUUAUUUGGAAUCUAGAAGUGGGAGAGGCAGUAAAGAUGAUUGACUGUCACACUGAUGUCAUUCUCUGUAUGUCCUUUAACACCGAUGGGAGUCUGUUGGCCACCACUUGUAAGGACAAGAAAUUACGUGUACUGGAACCUCGCUCAGGGAAAGUGCUCCAGGAAGCCAGCUGUAAGAAUCACAAGGUGACUCGAGUCGUAUUUCUUGGGGACAUGAAGCGACUACUCACUACAGGUGUCUCCAGGUGGAACACCAGGCAGAUAGCAUUAUGGGAUCAGGAGGACCUAUCAAUGCCAUUGAUAGAAGAGGAGAUAGACGGUCUGUCAGGGCUGCUGUUCCCUUUCUAUGACAUGGACACCCAUAUGCUGUAUCUGGCUGGAAAGGGAGAUGGGAACAUCCGUUAUUAUGAGAUUACCUCAGAGAAGCCAUUUCUGACAUAUUUGAUGGAAUUUCGCUCUGCUGCACCUCAAAAGGGACUUGGGGUAAUGCCGAAACAUGGGUUGGACGUCUCAGCAUGUGAAGUUUUCCGAUUCUACAAACUUGUUACUCUGAAGGGUCUCAUAGAACCAAUAUCCAUGAUAGUUCCCAGACGGUCUGAGACUUAUCAGGAAGAUAUUUAUCCGAUGACUGCAGGGUUAGAACCAGCUCUGUGUCCUGAAGAGUGGCUUAGUGGCAUCAACAGAGACCCUGUCCUGAUGAGCUUAAAGGAUGGUUACAGAAAGGAAUCCAUACUCACAUUUAAAGCUCCUAUAAAAGACAAGAAAAGUCUCGUUGUGAAUGGGAUCGACCUAUUGGAGAAUGUCCCACCACGUACAGAGAAUGAGCUGCUUCGUAUGUUCUUCCGACAACAAGAUGAAAUUCGGCGUCUAAAGGAGCAGUUGGCUCAGAGAGAUCUCCUUAUCAGACAACUGGAGUUGGAGCUUAGAAACCUGAGGAACAGUCCAAAGGAGAGCUAGCUGCCCCUCACUCUAUCCAAGGCCCAAUACUGCCCCAAAGGACAGCUAGCUUCUUCUUACUCUCCCCGGAGGCCCAACACUGCCCCAAAGACAAGCUAACUGCUCUUUCCCUACUGUCCCUGAUGGCUUCUAGCUGGCAUCCAAGGGAACUUUGUACAGAUCUGCACUAAUUAUGCUCCUCCCCCAAGUACCCAGAAAAUGUCCUUGUAGAUAGUCAAAUGCAUUUAGCUGGUCUAGCAUCUUCUCUGGCUGGGGCUUCUAUAUGUCUAUGACAGCUGCUCUUCCGCUCUAUGGUAUUCUGGGAUAUAAAUAGGCUUUCCAUAUAUGUGCUGUAUUAUGUUAGACAACAAUGUUAAGCAGAUGUAUCCAGCCAGAAAACUGAUUAGUCUUCAGUAUUUUACACAGAUAGAAGACCAAAUGAACACAAAAAUCCAACGUUUUACACCCUUUCUUUGGUAUCUAGCAUCCUCUGAGUCAAGUUUUCCCAACAACUUUGGAGCAGUUAAUUAACUUAUAAUGGAAGUUGUAAAGCCAUAACUGAAUGUGCCGAAUAAAUACGAAAAGCUAUAAACAAAGCACUGAGAAGUUCCUCUCACCCUCUUGUAUAGCUUAUCUUUAUCUUUUAACUCUUAUUUCUCCCUAAUCUUUUUCAUCCCUCUAAUCAAGAGUCCUAAUCUUAUGUUUUCCUUACUUCUCUCCGAAUUUUGUUUUUAUGGAAUAGCACUUUAGGUGUGAGAUCAGACAGAUUAUUCCACUGUGUCUGGUCAUGGUCUUAUUUAUUGCUAUUAUUCAGUUCCUAUGCAAAGCAGCAUAAUAAAAUAAUUAACAUCUCAAA